AUGACAGGCAGGCUCCAUAGAAGGGGGCUUUGCGUGGCGGUGGUGCUUUGUAUGGUGACGUUGAUCAGCUACCACUUUGUGGACUUCAAUGUGCUUCCGGUGGACUUUACGGUUGAUUACUCGGUACGGGGCUUCGAGGCUCACGAUUACCAGGUUCGGGACGAGAUCCAUUAUUCGAAGUACCGGUUUUCGCUUACGGACGAGUUUAAGAAGCACGUUGGUGAUUGGGGGCUGUUUGUUCAGAAACCACAGGCUGAAAAAUGUACGACGUUUUUCAAGUUUCUCGAGAAGAAGCAGCCUGACUGGGAGUUGCCGCCGCUCUAUGAAGAGCCUUACGAUAAGCACGCCGUGGCCAAGGGUCUCUACUUCGAGGAGGCGUAUAAGAAGAUCAAGAAGCAGAAAAACAGAGAUAAGGUCGAGAAUCCAGAUACAAUCACUGAUAAGGACCGUACCGAGGUCAAUGGCUGGUUCCAGGAAAGGGUGAAUAAGACCGUGGCGCUUGAGGUGAGAAUGGCUGAUCUUAUGACGGUGGUGAGAAGUUAUGGCCAUUGCUUCUUUGGCGAUAGUGAACCCGAUAAGGAUCUCCAAGGCGGCUUCGCCAGACGUCUCACGCCUUUCUUCCAUGACCAACUACCGAGGUUUGAGACUCCCGAUGGGGCUUCGGUAGACGACCAGUUCCCAGGAUGCCGCAAAUACAUGCCUGACGAUACACUUAUCCAAUACUACCAUGAGAAUAUGAAGGGAAAGGGUAUUGUUAUAUCGGCAGCGACGCGUUACUCGAAAGACAUUGCUCGUCUUAUCAGGGUUUUACGGGGCCUAAACAAUAAGCUCCCAAUUCAGAUCGUUUAUAGAGGAGAUCUCCUGACGAAAUCACGAAGGUUGCUCCAGGGAGCGGCCGUAGCGCCAAUUGAGACGCUUCUAGGUGAACUGUUUACCGACCAGUCGCUUAUGAAGAGCGUUUUGCCAGAUGUUGAUUUGGGCGAUCCAGCGAAGUAUGGGUCGGAGCUUCCUAUCCAACAUCUCACUUUUGUCAACAUCGAAGCACCAAUGAAGAAACUAGCCAAGCAUUUCUUUAAGGGUUACAACAACAAAAUAUUGGCGCUCAUGUUCAAUACGUUUGAAGAAGUCGUUUUGGUUGAUGCUGAUGCCGUACCGCUAGAAGCUCCGUACGACAUGUUCCAUUCACCAGAGUACAAGGCUACAGGAACAUACUUCUUUAAGGACCGACUGCUCCGAGACAGCAAUGACUGGAUCGAGACCAACUACUUUUCAAAGCUCAUGCCUCAUGACCACAGUUCAUUCGAUUUGGCUAUGGGAAUCAAGCCAGUCACAGAUUUCACCAUGGAUAUUCCUUAUAUGAGAGGCUGGAGACACACACAAGAAGCCGGUAUCGUUAUGUUUAACCGCAAAAGGCAUUAUGCUGCCAAUUUAGCUCUUCUUCCUCUUGCGUUAUGGGGAGAGCCGGUGAAAUCCUCGAUUUGGGGUGAUAAAGAGAUGUACUGGUUGGCAAUGUCAAUCGUUGGAGAUGAACAAUACUCCUGGAGCAAAUAUGAUGCUGCAAGUGUUGGUGAAUUCACUUCGGAUCCAAUCCGGAAAAUGUACAAUGCUACAGCUGCCUCAGAAGUAUGUCUGAGCCAUCCUGGCCAUAUGUCUUCGUCAGGACGAAUACUAUGGAUCAACUCAGGCUUCUCCUUCUGCAAAAAGAAUGGGUACAGCAGGGACGAGAAGAAGUUCCCCUUUUCCACCUUCAACGACAGAGACAUUCUCAAAGACUUAUAUCAGGCCCCACUCCGCAUUCGAGAUGCCCUCGUACCCCCAGGGUUGCCUCCUUUACGCUCACGAGGAAGCCAUGUGGACCUCGCCGAAGAAAUCAAGUAUAGACUUGAACUGAAAAACCGCAAAAAAGACGUUGACCAAUUGGACGAUGUUCAACAGAUAGACAGCUACGAGCCUCAGAAAGGAUGGAUCAAGUCCCCUUGUUGCACCGACUAUUACUAUUGCGCUUACAAUGCCAUAGAAAACUACGACAAUUCUGGCUCGAUCGAUUCUUCUGGAUCGGUGUUUUCGUUUGCUGAAGAGGAUAGAGCACGUUACGAUUUCUUAGGCAAAUUCUGGAUCACCGGAUUGAAAAGCUUACGAAACCUUGACUUCGAAAUGCCUCUUGUUAAGGACUAUCCAACCUACGAGGAAACUUCUUCAGAUAACCUGGAAGACCCGGAUUCCCAAAUUCAACGUAUAGACUCAUGA